AUGGACAACAACCGAUAUAACCUGCGCUCGUCUUCCGGGCAACAGCCAGUCGCUCCGUCAUUAUUUCCGACCUCGUCGACGACUGCGGGCAUGACCGUUGGUAACUCAGCGUUUACAAAUACAUCGGCGGCAACCACAACGGCGGCAACAGGAUUUUCUUCCUCGUUGGUAUCGGCAUCAAACAUCUCACAAGCUGCUCUCCAAGCGGGACGGCAUCCGCAACAGCUUCCUCAGCAACCGCCACCGCCUCUUGCUGAACAGCAGAAUCAACAAUGUUUUUCCGCGACACAGGCUGGCCCCGAUCCUUCUACAGAACUCAUGGCUGAGCAGCAGCAGUAUUAUCAACAGCAACAACAACAACAGCAACAACAAGCACAAGCACAGGGCAUAAACAUGGGUGGACCGGCGGCAACGGCCCCGUUUUUACAAGAUUUCACCCUCGUUGCUGAAGCUGUGAAGAGAGUGCAGAUGGAUGCCGUCAUGACCGAGAUGGAAAGCAUUACUCUCUGA